AUUGCUAUGUUUGAGAAUUUGGACAUAUAUAUUUUACCCAUUCUACCCAGGCAUUCACAUCCUCAUAUUCUGUUUCUACCUCAAAUGUGUGUUGGAGUUCCUUUAUUUCCUUAACAGUUAUAAUGGGGUUAUUGAGAUAGUGCCCCUCUCCUUUUACAGAUUCUCUCUCUUCUUGGGUAUGGUUAGUAACAGUGGGCUGUGGUUUCCAUACAGCUAUCUUGAAUCUGGCCAUUGGGUCUUUCCCUGUCACAUCCACUCCAAAACCAUAAGUACGGUUUAUAAUUUUAUCUGCCUUCCUAAUCAUUAUCACAAUCAGAUUGCACUGCAGGGGCUGGCAAUUUGGCUGAGCAAUCCCUUCAAAUAUGCUGAUUUGAUUUUUCAAAGUCCUAAUGGAAUUGGAUGAACUUGGUGAAUACGUCCAUCCAUUACAGUUGGUUGUUGACCACACAUUACUCCAUCCUAUGUAUCUGUUCCUGACCCUGGGGGAGGGCAGUGCUAUUUGUUCUCACUAGUUAGUUGUUGAGCCUCCAUGUCUCCACAGGCUAACACCUGACUAAAUGGUCUGGGGAACCUUGGUCUUGGUUACGUUUACCCAUAAUUUCACAGAGUAGCCUGUUUCCCCUCUCCGUUUAUCACUGUCCUCCCAAUCUAUACUCUCAAAUCCUUUGAGAGGGGUCAUUAUUACCACCAGUAUUGCAAUUUAGCUCUUUUUUAACUUAGCAGUGUUUGGGGCUAGGAGUCAGAGGAGGGCUUUCUUAGAAUGAUCCAUAGGGGAUCAUCUGAACCCACCAGUCCUCACAGUCUGAGUCUAGAUUGGUGAGUCCUUUAACUCAUGUACAAGUCCAACAUUUUUUCAGUGGUUUGAACAGCUGUCUCUGUGAUCAGCAGAACUUGGAAGGGUCUGUCCCACUAGGGCUGAAGUUUAGCUUCCAUCCAAGACUGGAUCAAUAUCCAGUCUCCAGGUUGGAACUUGUGGAUGGCAAACUCUAGUGACAUAGUCUGGGCCAACGGUCCUUCAUGUGUGAGAGAAGAUAAAGGCAACCCAAGUAUAUAGUUGUUGAAAAAGACAUCUUCAGUUUCAAACUGAAGAACUCCAUCCCCUUUCCCACGUAGGGUAAUCCAAAAAGUAUCUCGUAAGGUGAGAUUCCAACAUCUUUUCAUGGAGCAGUUCUGAUUCUUAGCAGUGCCAGGGGUAAGCAUUUAGUCCAUGGGAGCUUAGUUUCCAAACCCACUUUUGGCAGAUGUUUCUUUAAUGUCUGAUUCAUCCAUUUUGCCUUUCCAGGGGAGGAAGGAUGCCAUAGAGUGUGAAACUCUCAUCCCUAGGGUUUCCAUUAGUAAGAUAUGUGAAGUAAGAUGACUUCUUUGAUCUGAGUCUGUAUUUUCCACAAUCCCAUACCUGGGAAUUAUUUGUUCCAGAAUUAUUUUUGUUAUUAUGUUAGCUAUUCUUGAUACAGAAAGAGAAGCCUCUACCCAUCUGACAAAUGCUCAAUUAAUACUAGCAUAUAUUUAAAUCUUCCUACUUUGGGUAAUUUAGUAUGGUCUACUUAGAUGCUCUGGAAAUGUUGAAGUCCUGGCUCUCGUCCAUCCGAAGGUUGUUUCUGUAGAGCCUUAUUUAUUCAUUGACAUGUUAUAUAGCUUUUACGUAUUUGUUUAGCUGUAGCGUACAGUUGUAUACAUACAUACUUUUUUAAUACAGCAUCACACAUUGCCUGGACCUCACAAUGACUCUUUUGGUGUAGAACAGUUAAAAUUUCUCUCAUUACUUGUUUAUUCAUCAUUUCCCUACCAUCAUAGAGUUCACUGUCCUCCUGACUCCUUUGCCUCUAAUUCCUUGAAGGCUGCUGUCUCUUCUUUCUUGAAUACUUGCUAUCUCUUCUUUCUUGAAUGCUUGCUUUCCAGGAGGUUUUACUUCAGGCACAACAUAAAGUUUCAUUUUCAUUUUUAAUUGCAAGGCGGCUUCUGUAGCUUUGUUAUCAGAGACUUUCUUUCCCCAUUCUGCUAGACAGUUUCCUGUUUGGUUUCUCUUUACAUGUACUGUAGCGAUCUCCACGGGUAAUAACAGGCUUUCCAGAAAACCUGUCUGAUUAAUUCCUCGUGGGCCAGUUCCUUCCCUUUACUGUUUAUUAAACCCCUUUUUUUUCCCCAAAUUUUUACAGAAGUGUGUACCACUCCAUAUGCAUAUCAUGAGUCUGUAACAGUUUUAAUGCCUGAUUUAAUGCAUAUAACUCACAAGUUUGAGCUGACCAAUUACCAGGCAAACUUCCCAUUUCCUCAACAUAAGGGAAAUUAUGUCCCUUUGAUGAUUUUAUAGCUAUUACAUCGUCUUCGUUGUACCACUCUAGAGGAGCCAUCUAUAAACAGUGUUUCCUCUUAAUCUAAGGGUAUAUCUUGUCAGUCUGACCUUAUCUUUGUUUUAUAAUUGAUUAAACAAUAAUGUUCCACAUUCACUGUAUCUUUAGUUCCCUUUCAUAAGAAGAAGGCAAGAUUCAGGAUAGAAUCAAUGACUAUAGUUAAAUAGUCUUUUUCAAUUAAUAUGGCUUCAUAUUUCAGUAUCCUGGAGUCUGUUAGCCACCUUCUUGCCUUCUGAGUAAGGGUAUUCCUUACUUGGUGUGGGGUAACAGCAAUCAAUCGCCCUCCAAAGGUUAAUUUCCUGCUUUCUUUCACCAACAAGGCAGUUGCUGCUACUGCCUGAACACACUCUAGCAAGCCCUGAGAUACAGGGUCUAGUAAUUUAGACAGGUAUGCUGUGGGUUUUCUUUUAUUUUCCCAUUUCUGGGUUAAGACUCCCAAAACAGCACCCUCACUUACUCAUAAAAAGAUGAAAUGGCUGAUUCAGGGUAGGAAGAGCCAGAAUUAGUGCUGUAACCAAAUCUUGUUUCAGUUUUCCCACCCUUUCUUUUUCUUCUUCUGUCCAAUUUAACGUGUUGGGUUUUUUCCCUAAUAGUUUGAAUAGCUUGUUUCCUGAGCGUAUGCUUCUAUAUACAGUCUACAAUACCCAGUUAAACCUAGGAAUUUUCUUAAUUCCUUCUUUGUUCUGAGGAGAGGGAGUUGCACAAUUCCCUGAAUCCUUUUAGGGUUUAUCCUCUGUUUACCUUUAGAGAUUAAAUGUCCUAAGUAUUUAACUUCUUUUUCCAUAUACUGUAUUUUAUUUUUGGACACGCUUAGUCCAUGCUUUCCUAAGAAAUUUGAGUUCAUUUGUAGCCUCUUUUACCUUUAAUUUUUCUAUAUAUGUUAAUAUAUAUUAUAUAUGUAAGAUAUUAAUAAGUCAGCUACAUAUUGUAAAAAUACCACCCCUUCUUGAACCUAAAACUCUAAAAUUGUAUUCUAAAAUUUUCUCCAAUAUGUGUCCAAACAAAUUAGAUGAUUCAGUAAAACCCUUGGGGCAAAACAGUCCAUCUGUGUUGUUGUUUAUGACCUGAUUCUGGGUCCUCCCAUUCGAAUGCAAAAAUAUCUACUAUCUGGGUCCAAGGGGCAAGCCCCAAAUACAUCAUUUAAAUCUACAACACUAAACCAUUUAGGUUCAAAAGGGAUUUUGCUCAACAGGGUAUCAGGGUUAGAAACCAGAGUGACGCUUUCUUACUAUUUCAUUAACUUUUCUCAAAUUCUGUUUUAGUCGGUGUGUCCCAUUUGUUUUUUGUACUGGUAAAAUUGGAGUGUUAAAUGGUGAUAUACAAGGGUCCAGAAAACCAUCUUUAAUCAAGGGUUGCACAAUUGGUUUCAAGUCUGUUGUUCUUUCAAGUGAAAUAGGACGUUGUUGCUGUUUCACUAUCUCACUCCCUUCUUGAAGAGUUAUUUUCAAAGAUUUUCAAAGGAGUCACAGUGAGCCCUCCUCAAUUUUCCUCUCUUGCCCGAACUACUGCAUUUAUUUCUUCAUCUUUCUUGGUUAAUAAAUUCAUUGAAAUGGUUAUUCCCUUUUUCAGGUUUUCAACUCUAACCCUAACUUGAUUAUUAAAUCUUUUCCCAAUAAGUUUGUUCCUGCUUCAUAAUAAUUGUCCACUGACUGUUUUAGUUCCCCAGUUUAACUUAGUGGUCUCACAAAGUGACCACUUCUACCCCCAUUACUCUUACAGUAAUCGAGUAUUACUAGUCAAAUUAAGUCCUGGUACUUUAUAAGCUAAGUAUGAUCUGGCCCUAUGUCUACUAAAAAUACGACUUCUUUAUUAGAUCCCACCUCUACGUUUAUCAAGGGCUCUUCAUGGGACCACUUUUCACAGAGCCCCUGACUUCUCUAUUCAUAACUUUUAAUUGUGAAUAUUUUCUCUUCCCUUUUUGCUUCAGGAUAUUUUCAUUAGAGGUGACCCAUUUGUCCACAUUUGAAACAUUUUCUCUGUAUCUGUUCUUGUUGUGGUUGGGAAGGGGGGAGUUUGCCACCUUAAUUUUCCACUCCUGCUAUCUCUUUCCUCACUGUUCCACCCCAAAAUUUGUCUUCCUUAGAAACCCUUUUCCUGAUGGGUUUCCAUUCUGUCUCACCACUUGAUCUACUGUAGAGAUCAUUUUUUGCCUUUUGUUUUCUUUUUAACAUAAACUUUCUGUGUCUCUCUCAAAAGGUUUUCUAAUAGUUAUACAUUCCACCCUUCUACCUUCUAAAGCUUCCUUUGUAUAUCAGGCCAGGCUUUAGUCACAAAAUUGACCUUUAAGAGCCCUUUAACUACAGGAAUCAUCAGGAUCCAUCCCUGAAUUCCUUUGCUUCCUGUCUCCAAGUCUCUCCAGAAAUUCACUUAGGGUUUCAUGUUUACUUUGCUGAAUGUCAAAAGCUUUAGUAAAGUUCUGAGUCUUGAGUAAUGCUUCCUUAAUUCCCACUAUUAUUGUAUCUCGCAAGUCCCUCAUAUUUAUCCUGUGCCUUUUCUCCCACUCCUGCAUGGUAGCCCGCAUUCUUCUCCACUGAAGAGCAUGCAUAGAAUAGACAUCAUUUCCCUCCAGGAACAGUAAUUAGGUCCCAAGAAUUGAUCAAAUUGCUCCGCUAGUCCAAUAGGAUCCUCAAUCAGAGACUUCAUUUGCCUUUUAAAACUCCUCACUUCACCACUGGUAAGGGGAGGGUUUAUGUAUCCUAUUUCUCCUUGUCCCAUUGGGAUUUCUCUAAGGGGAUACAUAUUAUAUUGGGAAAGGGGAAAUUUUCAAUUUCUUUUCUACACUGUUCUAACUCGUACCAAAGCCUGGAGUGCACUCUCCGUCUAGAGGUGGCUUCAGCUGCAGCUCUAGACUCAGGCUGGAAGGGAGGAGGGGUUUCCCCUACCUGGCACCAGCUCUUGUUUCUGCAUUCUUCAGCUCUGUUCCUGAAACAGCUGCUGUUUUCAUUAAAGCAACAUUUGGGUUAUAAGGAGAGGUCAGAGUUUCUAAGGGAUCCUGUUUAUGAGCUUUCUGCUUCUCUCCUUUUUCUUCUGAACUUUGACUCUUUCUUAUGAGAAAUUGUUUUACUUCUUGCAAUCAGCAAGUGGCAUAAGCCAUUUCUUCGUCUGAGAAAGGAGUCUUAUUGUUUGCUGAUAAAUUCAGCAUCCAACAUACCCAAUCUUUGUCAGACCAAUAUUUUGGCCAAAAUACUGCAGCUCUUUUGAUUGGUUCUUUUGUCCAUAUAACUACAUAAUAUUUAAUUAUCUUUUUCUUAUCUUUCACUUUUAUUUGCAGGCUAUCCUUCCAAUUUCUUAUCAUUCUUGCUAAAGGACUGUCAAUAGGCACUGCUAGGGGUCUCUUCCUGUCCCAUUUUUCCUAGUCACCUUUACUGCACUGCUGCAGAAUUUUACUUCCUUCAGGGUACCACACACUGAAGUUCCAGCUCUAGAAAAUGGAGGUGCACUGUUAUGCACAUUAUCGUGCUGGGUGUUGCACACUUAAGGGUUUUCCAGAUUUCUGAGACUCUUCCUUUCUUUCUUAAUCGCAUAAUUUGUCUCUAUGGCCACGCUCCUUGUGGAACUACAGAACCACAGGUUGGGGCUCCGCACUCACUUUGUACAUGAGUAUGCCUCAGUCGCGCUUCACACAACAGUCUCAUCUGACCUCCAAUGUAAUACUUAAUUUUUCUUACCUUGGUCUGUGCAUAGAGUAGCCGGGUCAGUUUCCCAAAACUGUACUGUCUACUGUGCUUUCUUUCUCUCUACGUCAUUGUUCAUGGAUCCUGCCUUUAUAACCAGUUCUAGUAUUUUUUUUAAUUUGUUUUGUUUUGUUUUUUAUCAGCUCCCUGCAGAAUUGCCACUAUUGUAGCAUAUAGGACCACUGAAAAUACAGUGGAGUGUCACAGCAGUGAGGACUCCCCACUGGGGUGAUAGUAUCUGGAUGAGCCCCCAAUUGCGAGAAACACUUGCAAGCGAACAGGUUAGGCCGAGGCAAGGAUCUCAGUAAACAGUAUUUUAUUUCACGAUUGCAGUAGCAGGGGUCCUGCAAGCAGAAAAGCCUGCUGUAAGAAAAGCAAGCUCUUAUAUCUGCUAUAUCCUGACACUGAGUCCGUCCCCUGGUGCAGGUUCACAUGCUUUGUGUACACAUCCUCUAGGUAGUUGACAAAGUUCCAUCUCUCUGUGUUUCUCCAAGUAAGCAGAAUCUGCAAAAUAGUUGCCAGGCCAGUAUCUUCAGGCCAGUAUCUCUGGCCAUAUGUCUUGCCAGAUAAGUUCAUUUCUUCUUACAUAGUUCUGGAUCCAGAUGUACGUUUUACAGUCCUUACUGUUGGUCAUCCCCUCAAUCUCCCAUUGUGAUUUCCCCAGGGGAGGAGAGACAUGAAUUAACACACCAUACAGACUCUCCUUUUAUCUCUCCAGAAUGUGCACGCCCUAUUCUUUAACCACAGACAGAAACUUAUCUUGUUUAUGGAUUCUGAAUUAUACCCCUUUGGUACAACAUUCUAUUAUGCAAAAACUACAUGUCAUCUCUCACACCAGGACACCACAUAGUUUCUAGAACACGUUAGGUAUCAUUUAGGAGUGUUGAACACUGGUGUGCUUUUCUUUGUAGCUUCUUAUUUCUUGUAGAGUCUUUAAAAGUAAUGUGUGGACCUCAGGCUGGAGAUUUCAGAACUGAGUUAAUGCAGAUGGGAAGUAGAUCAAACUCAGAAAGUGAAAAAUAUUUUGGAUAGAUUGGAAAGUGUCUGGUUGAAUAGAAUGGUGAACGGAAUCUGUGUGGCUGAUGAAGUCCUAAGAGAAAGUUUUUAACUCCAGGCAGACAGCAGAGAUGUGCAAGCUUCUUCCAGUGGCAGAGGCAAAGUCAUCUGACUGUCAGUGUGUUGUUCUGUCAUCAGAGAUGGAGAUGAGGCUGUAAAACAGCUUUUGCUGAUCUUGAGCAUUCCCAGCUUUUUGUUAUAAGGAGGAAUUUCACCAGACUUUUUCAUACAUAUCAUAGGCAUGCUAGCUUUUGGGAAUUGGAUAUCAAGAAAGAGAGCUGAAUGUUGAUACAGAGCUGUUUAUACGGAAAUUAACUGUAGCACCUGCCUGCUAGAGUGGGUGAUCAUGUGAAUUAGAGGUGUUACUGAACUGAGUUUAAAUGACAGUAAUUCUUGGUAAGAACAGUUGUCCAUCUAGGCCUGAGUUAUAGAAUAGCUUAGGUUGGAAGGGACCCCAAGGAUCAAGUUCCAAUCUUCCUAACAAAGGUAGGGCCACCAACCUCCAGAUCUGGUUCUAGACUCAGUUGCUCAGGGCCCCAUUCAACCUGGUCUUGAACACCUCUAGGGACAAAGCACCCACAGCCUCUCCAGCACCUCUCCACUUUCUGUAAAGAACUUCCCAGACACCCAAUCUGAACCUUCCCUCCUUAAAACCAUUCCCCCUUGUCCUGUUGCUAUCUACUGAGUUAAAAAUUGAUUCCUCUCCAGUUUAUAAUCUCCUUUUAAAUACUGAAAAGCUGCAGUGAGGUCUCCUCACAGCCUUCUCGUCUCAGGCUGAACAAGCCCAGCUCCCUCAGCCUGUCUUCAUAGGGGAGGCCAGAACCUGUAAACUUUUUCUUCAUAGCAGUUCUAGAAAACCAUGGUAUGGGCCUAGAAAUGUAUGUAAGAUUUUUUAAUGAGCAGGGAGACUGUCUUAGGUGAGUUAGUCAGCUAUUCAGGAAAUAUUUUUGAGGGGAUGUAAGACAUGCAGGAAUUUAAGAGCACCUUCAUUCAGUUUUACAUGUGAUUCUUAAUACAUGAUGGUAUUUUUUUUUUCUACUACAUAAACAGCAAAGCACUGCAUUCUCUGCAACUCUCAUCUGGUGUAGAUUUGAAGAGGAGGCACAAACAGUAUUUCCCGUUCUUUUUCAUGGACUUCCAUGGGUAAGGAAGGCUUGGUAUAUACGUGAAGGGAGGACAGGACAAGUUCCUCACUCUGGAGGAGAAAUGGAUUAUGGCUUAGGUUGCUAGAAAAUUUAUCAGUUACAAUGAACUUAAGCAAGACCAUUUUGGGGACAUUUCUGCAUUUCCCUUAUGUGCCAUUUAAGAAAUGGUCUAAAUGUUACUAGAAUAUACAUUCUGGAUAGUAGUAUGUCAGCAUACUAAACUCUGUCUAGGUUGUGGAGGAGAAAGGGCUCAUGAUAUGUAAAUUUCUGCUUGUCUGCUUUAUUAUUUGGAGGCAUUAGUUAGAUGCAGUUACAUGUAGUAGUCUGUCUCAGCAAUAGAUUUGGGUUUUCGUUUGGAAAGAGAUGCAUUUGGGGAGUUACAUAUGUCUUUCUGUUGUCCAUUCCUAUGGGAAGCAGAAUUGUUAAGGAAAAGCAGUCAAAAUGCGUAGGAACUACAAGACUGUAUUCAAAGUCAGGUCUCAGUUGAACACUUGUUGAUGUUGCUGGGAGAAAGUGAAGAAAAGGGAACUUUGAAAGUACUGCACACAAAGGAACCUUUUUUGUUGCUUUCAGAACUCUUUGAUGUUCUUCUGUAUGCAUAACUUACUAAAAGGAGUGCUGCUAAAAUGGUUCUUAGAGCUGAGGUCGUUUGAAUAGGAAUACUCUUUAAUCUACAGUGUUUGUUGCUGAGAAGCUCAACGUGAGCCAGUGCAGCCCAGAAAUCCAGUAUCUUUGGCUGCAUCAAAAGCAGCAUGGCUAGCAGAGCAAAGGAGGUGAUAAUUCGCCUAUACACUGCCCUCCUGAGGCCUGGAGUAGGGCCUCUUAAGGAAUGUAACGCUUGUGAAAGAUACUGGAUCAACAGUUGCGGGGACUGAACUCCUCUACCUGCAAGAAAGGUAACAGUAUCUAGAUUCCAGCUUUAGAACACUGCAUCUUGCUUCCUGAUCAGGAAAGGCAUUUCCCAAAGUCAUGAAGAUGAGUUUGGCACCAAUGACUAAGUUUUCAGUGUGUCUAUAAUGCAAAUAUUAAGGAAGCUAGAUAGAUGUUAGUUGCAGAGAUUUUUAUUAUGAUGGCUGCUUGAAUUUCUGCUACUCAAUUUUGGGAAAAAGCAACUAACAUUUCAGUGAUUUGUUUCUCUAGGUUGUUUUUUCUUUUUUUCACCAGUAAGAGACAUAUUCUCCCUCUUUUGGGGACACUUGUUUCUUGAUAAUGUCUCUUCCGUAGUGGAAGAAAGAAAGGAUUAACCAGCAGCAAUGUAGAAUGGGAUGAUGUCCAGGCUUGGACUAACAGUCAUAAUGAGCACCAUCUCACUAACUUCAAGAUCUAAAUAAAAGUUACGUGUUCUAAUUCAUGAGAGUGUCCAGUUCUUCAUGUUGUCUUCUGUGAUAGCCUUUCUUCAAGUGCUGCUUAACUUCAAAAGUCUGUUAAUCUUGCACUUUUUAUUCAGCUGAGCCAGAACCUGUUGGAUAUUUGCCAUUACCCUUACAUUCUAUUCCUUCAGAGAAUUCCUAAGAAUUCUGAAAUCCUUUCUAUUAGCAAUUUUCCCAGAUGCCUUGGAAGCCCUGGAUCAGGCCUUUGAUUUUAUCAGUCGUAUUGCUGAGAGUACAAGUCUUCUGUGAGUUUUUAAAGGAAAACCAUUCUAUCCUGAUAACAAUGGUGACUGCUAGGGAGAAACAGAUCUGCACCUCUAUUAACGUAUUAGAGAUUCUUUGUUAAGGUAAUGUAUGUUUGGAUUUGAGCUGUUUGGCAGUUAUGGACAUGAGCAUGUAAAUUAAAAAUACUUUUUCUGAAAUGAGCUAAUCUUUAAAACUAUGGGCUAUAGAUCUUGUAUGUAUCCCUUUACGUUUGUUGUUAGUGAAACACUGUAAAGAAUUAGAUGUCUAUCAAUACUAGUUCUAUAAUGUAAUUACUUGAAGCAUGUAUUUAAAAAAAAAAAUCAAUAAGUUCUUGGCUCCUGCAGUCAUUUAAUCUAUCUCUUCAGUAAGAGGGAUUUGUCUCCUUACAGUCCAUCUCGUCAUGUAUCUUGGUUAAGAGCUCUCUUUAAUAAGAGCAGUGGUCAAGAAUGUGCUAAUAACAUGCUAAAUUUUACUACUUUUUGUCUUUCCCUUGUUCCUUUGAAUUAUCAGUUGGACUUGUAUACUAGAUAUCAAUACCUUGAUAUUCGUAAUUUGUAUAUUAUUUUUUGAGUGUUAAACAGUACAGUGGAAACUGCAUGUUAAUAUGUCUUUGAUGUUAGCACUGACUUGUGCUGUGAUUGUUAGGAAGAGCUGGUACUAACAGUUCACUUUGCACUUUUGUUGAAUUUCCUCUUAACUGGAAUUGUGUUUUUGUGCUGGCUACAGAAAUUGAGCAUUUGCAAAACUCUGAUAUGCUUAGGGUAAUGAAGUUUUGUAGUGGAGUAUGUUUGUAUCAGCACCACGCAGGGAGAAAGGUUGUAAAUUUGUUUGCUAUAAGCCAUUGAAAACCUCUGUAACUUGGGCAUUCUCAGUUGUGCAAGAUUUAAGCUGACAGCUGUACUUUUAUGACAAUCUUUUGUAUUUUCCUGGUCAUUUCCCUUAUUUUUUGUUUUAUCACCUCGAUUGCUUCUCCAAUGCAUACUUUCCACCUCUGUACAGCUUGGUUUAUUACUCUGUUUAUCUCUAGGUUAUCUCAAGCUCUAGGUAUCAGACUAGAACUACUCAUCAUCAAAUCAUCUUCCCUUCAACUUUCUCAUCCCAUGCAGACAUCACUUCAACAUUUUUCCAGACAUACUACUUUGGAGGGCUUCCUCUGUUGAGGUGGUAAUGACAUUGAGAGAAGGAAGAGUGUGCAAUACAGUGACAAAGCUGACUCAAAAAUCUCAAAGGUGGAAUCCGUGGGCAAAUAGACUGCUGUUCUCUACUUUCUCCGCACCUCCCCAGUUUAGCUGUUAGUGUACAAGUAUGUACAUGUUGGUGUGCAGUGUGAAAUGUGAAAUAUCCAUUUGAUUCCUUCUUGUUUUGCCCAGUCCUGUACUUCCUUGCAUGAGAAAUGGGAGUCAUUGUCACUUUGGAUGACAUCAGGGGUAGAUAAAUUUUUAAACUCAGAUGUUAAUCCUCCAAUUGUAUUUUGCCCAUGUGCUUUCUGAUGCUUGGAUGCUACAAGGAAACCAGAAGCUAUUUUCACUUCUGUAAGGUCAUACCAACAGCCUGCUGAGGACAUGAGUGGUCUAGUGUUAGUCAUGAUUAGCCAUGUAGACCAUAAGGUUUUCCCUCAUGGAUGUGUAGGGUUGGUGCCUUAGCAGGAUGAUUUGCUUGCAGUUUCAAUCUACACUGGGGUCAUUCUGUAAGAAUAACUUCACAAGUUUUCCUGUUUAUAGGUUUGCCUCUACUCUGUGCAGCUAUGUGCUUCCUUGCCUGUGUGACCUCAGUUCUGAUGUAACCAUUCUACCAACUGAUAUCACUUAGGAUCUAAGAUAAUUUUUCUAACUCUUGUUAACUCAUCCACUGUUACAUACUAUUUUGUGGCUGGCAGAUUAUCCUUAGCAUGGGCUUUUACCCAUCUAAUAUUAAAAGGUGUUUUCCUGGCCAUGUCUAGUAAUAAUUGCCAAUUCUUUUUCCUGCAUACUAAGGAUCUAUUUACUUCCCAGUUCAGGGCUUCCCAUUGACAGAGACACUAUGUGUCACAAGCCCACAUAGUAUAAGAAUCUACAUGUAUGAUUUUUGCUCCAUUGUGUGCUGCUUGGACAGCUGCUCUUAUUUUUCCUAUUUGUGUGCUACCUCCACAUUCCUCUAUUUCUUGCUUGCCAAUGGUAAUAUCCAAUGCAGCAGCUUUAUAUUGCUGUUUGCCAUUUUUCCUAUGGACUGAGGCCACGUGUUUUCUGUUGGUAUGCCUCAGUAAGGUGCAUUUCAAUUGGUGAAGGCUUAAAGAUAGCUGUAAUGCUGAAGAUAUGUGUUUAUAUGCAUCUAUCAUUUGAAAACUUUACUGUGUCUUUCAGCUAAUUUCUGGAUGGUAUGUUUUUGUGCAAUUCCUUUUCAGGGAGCAGUCCCCUUCAGGAUUACUUCCAUUCUGAUUUGUACAGGCCGUUCCUUACAUAUUUUCUCAACUUGCUUAACUGCUCAGACUAAAGAUGAUAGAAAUCUUUUUUUUCCCGUUCAGAAUAUUGUUGUUCUGUUUCUUUAAAUGUGGUUGAACAAAACAGUCAAGAUCUUUUUCACCCCCUGGGGCCAGUAUGGAACAGUAAGUAGCAUGUUCAACAAAACUCCAUUCAGCUAUAGCAGUGUUGAAGGGUUGUAUUGACCUAGUGACUGAUAAAUUUUUAACUCUUCAGUUAGAGUUCUAACUGCCUCUCUAUGUUCUAAUUUCCACUCCCAUGGCUUGCCUUUCCAUAGGGGUGAGUAUGAUGGAUAGGAAAUGAUAGAAAAUCCAGGUACGUUUCCUCUAAUACCCAUUAACUGUUCCCAUUAACUGUUGUAAUUCCUUCCUUGAUUGAGCUCUACAAUUUUUCAUAGAGUAUCUGGAGGAAUCACUGCAUUAUUAUCAAUCAAAUAUCUUAAAUUUUUACUUCUUUACUUGGUCCCUUACAUUUUCCAGGUGGAAUCUCAACUCCUGCUUUAUCUAGUAUUUGCCAUACUACUGCUGCUGCUUCGAAGUCCCUUCUAUUAGAAUAUCACCUAUAUAUCAUUCUGAGGAAGUGAGAUUGUCUAUAGAAGUUCAGUGAGUCCAGCAUGAGCAACUGUGGGAGAAUGCUUGUACUCCUGUGUGAGUCUGUAAAAGAUAUAUUGUAUUCCCUCCCAAGUGAAAACAAACUUUUAUUAAUCUUCUUCCUGCAAAGGAGCUGUGAAAAACGUGUUCUUUACAUCAAAAGCUGUCAUCCAUGGUUGUGUGUCUGGUUGCAAAGUAGCUGUUAAGUUUGUGGUGUUUGAGAUAGCAGCAGCUAGGAGGGCUGUAUUAGCAUUUAGGUGCCAAUAAUUGAUUGUUAAUCGCCCCCUCCCAUCUGCUUUCUGGACUGGCCAGACAGACGAGUUAUAUGGGGAGGGAGUUCUGGAGGGAAUUUGUCUUUUCUUCCAAUCUGCUUUAACUUCAGAAACUGCAUUUCAUACUGCAGUAGAAAUAAAGUAUUGCAAUCCAUUAGUGAUCUUAGAUUCAGGGAGUGCAGGGGCUGUGUGAACCGUACACACUGCAGCACCCCUAUCCCUUUGGGGUUCAAGAUUGUUAUUUGAGCCAAAAGAUGUACGCUGCCUUUUGGGUGGCAUUAGGUUCACCCAUCGAGGACAUCAAAUCCUAAAACAUUUUCAUGAUGGUUUUUAAUUGCAAAGUGAGUAGGUGAUACACAUUUCUCACCUGGGAGUUAUAAGUUGACUCUAGUGGAUUGACAACAGCACUCUGGCGUGCCAUUCACGCCAGUAAUCUUAACCCUUUGCUAUCCAGAUUACACUUCUUGGCAUGUUGCUAUGUUAGUAUUGAAAUUUGGACUCCCGUGUCUAUUAGAAAUGUCACCAAUUGUCUUUGAGGACUGAUUGGUCUCAAUAUGUAUGAGCCAUCAUAGUUUAUUCAUUGAUAUGUCUCCACUUGUCAGACAAGCAGACCCAAUUGCCAGCCGGCCAUUACUUGUCUUUUUUUUUCUUCAUGCCCUUUGAUUCCUCUUAGGGAAUUAAGAGAUUAUCUCACUUUCUCUGAACUGGUGUUGAAGAAGAUGACAUACAUUCCUUUCUUUCACUACUACUCAAUCUGUAUCACUAUGCCCGUGUCAUUUCUGGAAUGCUUCAGUCAGACCCAAGAUAAUGCUAGUAGGCUGACUAUGCAUUGCAGCUCUGGGAAUGCCCAGAGCUAAUGCCCUUUUCCAUAAGUCGGUUCUCUAUCCUCAAGAUCUUGUUAGCACAUUUUCAAAUUUAUUUCCUUUUGGUUUACCCACUGUUCCUUGUUCCACAGAUCCCACCUUAUGAUCUCCACCCCAGAACUUUAAACUUUGUCUGCCAGUGCAUCCUCCCAGCCCAUUUUCAUGACUGUAGUUAACUGUGCCAUGCAUUAAAUCUUCCCAUGUGGGGAGCUGAUUAAAGGUAUUGUGUGCAUUGUUAUCUUGUACUGAAUUAUGUUCUGUGUCUCUUGAUCACAUUCUGUUUUGCAGCUAGAUGGGAUUUAAGGAUAGUUGAGGCUCCUCUAAUUAGUGAUUUAAGCACUGUUAAAUCUAAUGAACAGAUAAUGGCACGUCAUGGGCCCCUCCUUCCUGUAAUACUUUUUUGCAAGUUACUUUUGUGAAGACUGUGAGGAGCUCACUUAAGAGAUUUAAUGGGAAUUACCAGGGGUUCACUUCACUCCAUGGGGCCUAUUCCCCCAGCCCUAUAAGCUACAUGGCUGGUGAUAGGGUGAAGUGUAUCUGCAGGCCCAAGUCUUAAAUUUAAGAAAACUCAUGGUGCGUAGUAAUUAUUUGCUUCAUUCUGACUCUUCAUAAUAUGGUCUCCAUCACUUAAGCAUACUUGCCACAAGUAUUCUGUUUUUCUCUGCUAUAUCUCUAUUGGAACUUUGUCAGUUGUAAUGGAUCCUAGAGGCAGUUCUCAUAGUAUAUUGUGGCUGACCACCUCGGGGUGAUGUAGAUUGGUUUGCUUAGCAACAGGGAUUAGAACAUUAGUUUAAGAACCAAUAUAUUAGUUUAACUGAAGGAAUUCGUAAAUUGAUAGUUCUGAAACUUUCCAUUUCAGCUCUAGUGGGUGAACAGUCUUGUUUUUCCUAAAUAAUUUUGCACUGGGGACAUAAUAGAAUAUACGUUUAUCUUCUGCCUCGAUGAUUUUGCCUCAUGAGAAGUGCUGGAAUCACAACAGAAUACUUUUAUUUUUUGCCUCAAAACGUGCAAGGGCAUUUUGAUUGUGUUCUACAUAGAUUGUUUUAAAAAGUGGCUCACUAUGGCCUAAUAAGCAAUGGAAAUUAUCCAAACUGGGGAUAAGUGCAUGGAAAUGAGUCAAAGGUUUCAGUAAUGAAGCUGGUGGUGGAAAAAAGAGGAAGUAGGUCGGCACUUGGCUACUGUAAAUACCACUGAGCAUACCCAAAGGGACAUGUGCACACAUCUAUGAGACCUUGAAAAAGAAUGCAUGUGUAUUGCAGUGUACUACAUGUGUAUGUCUUAACUGUAUAAAUAGAACCUGAACUCUGAAAGGGUAUGCUUGCUUGUCAAGUUGCCCGAUGUGCAUCAUGAGGAAUAAAAGGAAUGUUGCUUUCUAACACCACAUAGGAGUUAGAGAGUUUUCUUCCUGGAUUUCGGAUGACAAUUUUAGCAACCCAGAUGGGACAGUGAGACUGAAAUCUCAUGGACCGAAGGGGCCUCUGUUCAGCGCACAUACUGAGUGAUUCUCUGGGAGAUCCCGCAAAUCCCAGCUCUGUCAGGACCAGCCACAAGUUCCCUGGAAUAUGGUAAGGCAUUCCUUUUUAUUGCCUCGGGUAAAGCAUGACAGAAGUCUGUAUCACUUAUGGAGAGCAAGGGUAAGGGGAUCCCCAAGUAGGUACCCCACACGCAAGCGGGGAGAUCUCCCAAGUGUGUGACAGGUUCUGCAUUUCCUGGAAGUAACGCAGUAAGGGGGAGCUUGAGACCAGCCCUCCAAGAGAAAUAGAGUCCAAGUCCCUGUUAAAGGGGGUACUUGAGAGAUUCAAGAUCCUCUGGGUUCUAUGUUUCCUGGAAGUAACAUGAAGAGGGGGUGCUUGAGACCAACCCCCCAGUAGAAAUGGGCAUUGAGUCCCUGUUAAAAGGGGUGCUUGAGAGAUUCAAGACCCUUCGUGUUCAACAUUUUCCUAAAAGUGGUUUACUUACCAAAAUAAACCUAAAAUACGGUUGCUGACAUUGUGAUUUUGUAUGUGAACAUGGGUAUGUGAGUAUUAUUGUAGCAGCGCCAAGCUUUUUAUUUCUUUUCUCCAUGGUGUGUGUAUGUGGUGGAUCUGCAGACUGUGUUAAGCUUUGCUUUUUACUUUUGUAGCUGCAGCAGUGUGUGUGUGUGUGUGUGUGUGUGUGUGUGUUAGAGUGUGUGAAGGCAAUUUGCACAUUCCGGACAUUCCAGACAUGGUGUAGUCGGUUGUGGAAAUUGCAGAGGAAACUUGUUGAAAAUUGUAAUAAUUGUUGGAUUGGAGAAAUGAUUAAAAUUACUCAUGUAAACCUGGGGUCUGUGGAAAAACGACAAGUUCCCAUCUUGCUGAAAGAUACUGAUCAUGGCUCUCCCAGGAGGAAUUCAGUGUACAACUAUGCCUUGAGGGACUGGCAGACACAGUCACCUAGUAAUUUGAGAAAGGACAAUUGUCCAGAAUAAAGUGUAUUUAUAUUCAAGUGUAUUUAGAUUGUUGUGAUUGGUUGCAGUUUGCGCUGGGCCAAAAUAGAUGAGUACUGGAACAAGAAACAACCUGCCAACCCUACCAUGAGACUCGCAUAGCGCUCUGAGAAAGAGCCAGGGGAGAAACACUUGCAAACUCUUGUUGUAAAAUAGUAUGUUACCUCAAGGAUGGGGAGGAAUACACUGGAAGUUGGAAUGUUCUUAUCUGCAGAAAUCUAGGAAACCUCAGUGUUAGCAUUGAAAAUCUCCAUGACUGGAGAUGAGACUGAAAUAGAAUAUUUGGUAGUCACAAUUGGUUUCUGUAUUCACAGAAUAUAUGUUUUAUACAGAUAUGUAUUUUGAGGGUACCAAAGCCCUUAAUUGGUCAAGAUUGGUUGGAGGAAUUAGAGGGGAAAACAAAAUUUUAAAAUUGGGUCUUUUAUAAACAGGAGAGUUGCCUGGAAGAUCAGAGGCAGUUUGUAAUGAAAGUUUUGAGAGAUUAAAAAAAAAGGGGGGGGGGAAAAGAAAAGAAAAAGAGAGACGGGAGGGGCAUAGGCCAUGGAAGGCACAGGAGGGAACAGAGAGGAAACUGAGAAAGGAAAGAAAGGAGGAUAGAGACAGAAGAUUAUUGGCAUUGAUCGUAGUGCAGGGAACUGAAAGGGGGAUGAAGAGGGGAAAAAAAAGAUGUAAGGGCAGUGCUAGAACCAAGAAGAGAGAAUACAAGGCCAGAGAUCAGAGUACUGAUCGAUGUAGAAAAUGUUAGAGGUUUGGAUUGUUAAAGCAAUUGGAUUGCCACAAAAAACAGCAGCAAAGAUCCAGAUCAAAACUGCUCACUCAAAAGCCACAGAUAUAAUGGCAGUAAAUACCGAAUGAGGGGGACCAGGGGUGAGACCUCAGCCAAACCCCUAGUUACAAUAAGGCUAGAGAAUGAAGAUGUAAAAUUUCUUGUAGAUGCUGUUGCAAUGUAUUCAGUUAUCAAUACUUGUAAGGCACAGUUAAGCAAUCAGACAACAUCAAUAAUUGGAGCCACCGGGAAAGCUGGAGUGCAACCAUUCUUCCAUCAGUCAAAAUUGGAAAAUGUAUACAUAUCAAUUUCUAUACAUCCCUGAUUGCCUGGUGCCAUUAAUGGGGAGAGAUAUCAUAAACAAACUUCAGGCCCAAAUCAUGUUUGGUAAAGGACAAUUCAUAAUACAUGCUUCAGAAAAUAAAAACUGUGGAGACUCAAGUUCUUAUAUUACAGAGAUCAUUCCCUACUGACCAGACAGUACCAAAGGACUUGGAAAAUGCUGUAAUACCAUGGAUCGAAUCAUCAGAGACACCCAGACAACCGAGAUGAGCUGAACCAGCAAUGGUAACUAUCUAGCUGAUGCCAGGAGCAGCACCGGUAAGAUGAAAUGUUUUCUUCUGAACUAUAGACCCUAGAGCCUUUGAUAGAGUAUUUUAACUUGCUAAACAGCUGCAUGAAGACUUAAAAGGAGAAAUGGGAAACCUAAUGUGGACACUGGAAUAUGGAAGUCCUUCAGAGUCCUUAAGUUAAAAAGCCCUUGUUUAAAAACUGUAGCAGCUACAAUCUUGCUUGUACAGGAGGCCAGAAAAUUGACUCUGGGAAACAGAAUAACUUUGUAUAUUCCCUGUAAGGUUACUGCAGUACUGAAUCAAUCCAAAGAAAAGUUGUUGGCCAUCUCUGAGCAGGAUCAUGAAGUACAAAGUGUUCCUGGUAGAAUGAGAGGAAAUGAGAUUAAAGAUAUGAAAAUGUUUGUCGAUGAUAGCAGUUUUGUGUGAGAUGGCUUAAGAAGGCCAGGUAUGCUGUAACAACCAGAGAUAAAAUAAUAGGCUGGUUCUCUGGCACUACCACCUCAGCAGAGAAAGCAGAACUCGCAGCCUUGUUAAGAGCACUGGAGUUAGCAAAAGGGAAUAAGUGCCAAUAUUUGGACAGACUUAAAAUUUGCAUUUGGGAUUGUGCAUAUGGGUGGUGCUAUCUGGAAAGAACAGAGGCUAUUAAUCUCCCAAGGAAUACCUGUAAAAUAUGGAGAAACAAUAAUAAAACUGUUAGACCAAAGGAAAUAGCUAUAAAACACUGCAAAGCCCACCAGUCAAACAUCAGUGAUAUUAAUAUAGGCAAUAGUAGUUCAGAUACAGCUGCCAAAAAUGCAGCAGAAGGAGCUUUCCUCCAACUCAUAACCCUGAGAUAUCAAAGACUGAUGAAUGAACAUCCAAAGUACCAGACAGAAGUUGAAAAACUAGCUUUCUUGCUAAAAGGUGAGAAAAACAAAGCAGGAUGGUGGGCAACUCCAAACAACCAAGUAAUAGUUCCCCAACCAGUAAGGAGGAAAAUAGUAGAGGAUAAUCAAACUAUAUGCUGGGCAUCAGAUGCUAUCAUCAAUAGUCUAAGACUCAAAUUUUAAGUGUGUGAAUGGGAGAAAUUGUGAAAAGCAUGGUGAGCAAAGUGUGAAGUAUGCCUGAAAUAUAAUCCACACAAUACAAAAAGACCACCUCCUGGAGUUACAAGGAGAGGAUGCAGCCCAGGAAACUAUUGGCAGAUAGACUAUUCUGAGCUACCAUGAAAAGCUGGCUACAGGUACUUGCUGGUAUUGGUUGAUACUUUUUCAGGACGACCAGAGGCUGAUUGCUGUCACACCAAUGAAGCGAGAGAAGUAGUAAAGGUUAUGCUAAAAAAUGUUAUCUCUAAUUUGGGGUACUAAAAUGGAUAUCAUCACAUAGAGGUUCAUAUUUUGUAGCUGAAAUUGUUCAAAACCUAGGAAAAAUCAUUGGAAUAGAAUGAGGUUUGCAUACUCUUUAAUGGCUGCAGUCUAGUGAAAAGAUGGAAAAAAUGAAUAAUAAUAAAAAAAAAAAAUUAGUAAAAUCUGUUAAGAAACUGACUUGAAAAGGCCUGAGGCUCAACCUCUCACCUUACUAUAUGUUCUGAUAAAACAGCAUGCUGAAGAGAAAAUUAGUCCUUACAAAAUUAUGUAUGGAAGACCAUUUCAAGUAUUGGUGGAUAGUAUUGAUGUAAACCAAUUAGGUGAAUUAAAGCUAAGAGAAUGUCAUCUCUUUGGGAAAAGUCCUAUCUUCUAUCCACAGGUUUGUGGCUCCAGUGGCACCAGCACCUCUGUAAGUCAUAGCACAUCCAUUCCAACUCAGUGAGUGGGUGUAUCUAUGGACUUGGAGCUCCGAACCACUACAGGAGAAGUGGAAAGGACCAUAUCAAAUACUACUGGCAAUGCACACUGCUAUCAAGGUGGCAGGAGUAGACCCUUGAAUUCAUUACAGAAAAACAGAAAGUGCACAACCCACAGUGGCAAGUAGAACAGACUGCACUGAUGAAACUGGAAUUUUCAUGUAUAUGAAUACAACUUGUAAACGGGGAAAUGAAAAAUCAUUUUAUGAACUUGAAUAUAGUUAUUGAGAUAUAGUUACUUUUAGAGUAACUAAAUUGUUUGUCUUAUAUUGACUGCAUUAAUUGUUUGCUUAUAUUAAUUGUUUGGGGAAAAAAACACCUCUUUUACAAUUCUUAAGGGAUAUGUAUUUUGUUUGUCUAAAACGAUAACAGUAAUUUUUGCAAUAUGUACUUAUGCUUAUCAAUUGCAUGCAUGGUAUCAAAAUAAGCACAUGAAAUUGAUGAAAAAGGGGGCUGACGCUAACAGUUCUGGUUCUUGUUGGAUAUGCUCAGAAUUGCCAAAAUAUGAGACAAACCCAUACCCAUUAUGAGGAUCACCACUACCAAAACAGAGUUGGGACACGGUAUUUGUUAACAUCCAUAGCGUACUUUGCAGAUAGAUAUGAAGAAUUAUAAACAUGGAUUGUAGGAAUUCAGCCUAUGAAUGAUACCAUUUGUCUGACAGAUGCAGAGACUAGUCAAGUAGGGAAGGCUCCAGUAGGAAAAUACCCACACUAUAAAUGCACAAUAUAAAUGAUAAAUAAGUAUUUUGAAAAAAAAAAAACAAAAAAAACAGGAAUAAACAUUGGGUCUCAGCUAAAAGGAAAGAUACUGGCUAUGUGGAGAUCGAGCUUGGAGGGUAUUAACUUCAUGGUGGAUCAUAACUUGUACCCUAGGAAUGGUAAUACCAUAGAUGAUAGUAACAAAUCAGUUAUCUGGGGUAAUACAGGCCUGAGUACUCUCCAAAGUCAAGAGAGAAGUCCUUAAUCCGCUAAUAGAAAAACCUAGUAGUUUUCAUUCAUUCGUUAGGUGCUUUAUUCCCUCUUUAGAAGUUGCAGAAAGGGCCAUCAGCACAUAUCUAUGAGAAAAAUCUUUUCUUGAAAAAGAAUGAAUGUGUAUGCCGAUGUACUGCAUUGUACUUCCAGGCCCCCCUACUUCUUCCUCAAGGGGAUCUCUGGGUCUCGGGCCCUUUUCCAGCGCUGCAGCAGUAACAGCUGCUAUUGUUCUUUCCAAUUUCCUUGCUCCUCAAUCAAUUUUCCAGAUCCCUCACCUCUCUUCUGGGUCCUGACAUCCCUGUUACACUUUGCUCAUCUCUGCAUUCCUCAGCCUGUGUCUUUCCGAAACCUUUUUCACUUUCCAAACUUUCAUAAUUACAAAAACAUAUCAUUAACAGUUACACUUUCAUAUACCAUCAAAACAGUUUGUCCCCCUCCCUUCAAAAUCAUGAGUCAAACAAUUCAGUUCUUCAACUUAGUCUCACAAUUAGGAUACUCAGUUAUAAGAACUGGUUCUGUUACUUAAUUUAUGUUCUCAGUUUCUUACUCAGGGUCUUCCCUGACUCACCAGCGAUGUCCUUCUAGUGAGCUAAAAUACAACUCAGAGGGGUGUUUUUUGGAAUUUUCUUAGAUGCUCUCUAUCCAGUGAUAACCUUUUAUAUUUGUCCAGUUCUAAUUGCAGAUGAAAGUCCUUCAUGCGUGGCUGGGUAAUGGAGUCUACCUGCUUCCCCAGGUGCUGGGUGCACGGGGGAUCACUCCACCAAACAUGCACAGUGAGGAAAUUGACGACUACGCAUUUGUGGGUAUAGCAUCAAUUACAAUGGCUAUGAGCAGAGUUUCAGAGCGAAGACCACCUGGAGAACUUGGUACUGAACAUGCCAGAUGAAGAUCUGUCACUGGGUCACAUAUCCCUGCACAAACUAGGAACCCUUCCUUAAUGCUUUACUUUGGUGGAUCCAGAGAUAAAGAGAUGAUAUUUUGGAGGAGACAGAAAUAAGAGAAAACGUUAUCGGGAACAGUGAGAUUGCCUCCUAAGGAUCUGAUGGAUCAAGAUUAACAAAAUAAAUAACUGAGAAGGUCUUUGUUUAGAACAUUGACAGCAGCAUUUUUGUGCAAACUGACAAGCCCAUUUGCAUGCCAGGACAAGAAGAGAGAAGAAAGGCAAAGUCACUGAGCUAAUUAGUGGUUGAGGGCUGAUGGUGAUGUUGAUACAGUUGUUCUUCACGUACAUGCAAGGAGUUGCUCCAUGUUCUCAAGCUAAACAGCCUGUGGAGAUACACAUGCUCAUAAACAGAGCCCCUAUCCUAAAUAACAACAUUGCCUAGGGUGUGCAGGGGUGAGCUCUUGCUGUUGGCUGCACAGCAGCAAUCCAUUUCCAGCUGAAACAAAGGUACGUAAGUCACAGGUGAUCAGGACCUGUCCUGGGUCACUGAUCAGUGAAGUUCUGUGGCUCAUUUAUUUAUUUAUUUAUUUAUUUAUUUAUAUGAAAUGCCCAUUUGGUCAAAUAUCUCCAAGGUGGCUUUGCAGGGUUGGGGGGAAUGUUCCACACUGGUGGAAGAUAGCCAAAGCAUCUGUUAUUGGCUAAGGGACACUCGGUAGAGUACGCCCAUUCUACUGCUGAAUGUAUAUAAUCUCUGGAGAGAGAAAGAGGUGGGGAGAAGCUAGCUCCUCCCCAAAUCCAAAUCUCCAUUCAGGCUGUCCUAGAAAGAAGUUAGCCCCUGAACAGAAACUUGGUGAUUUCAGAGAAAGAUUAUCUGGAGACUGGACAGGCAGAGCUCUCAAGAUGCUGACAUCCAUCUUCCUGAGCCUUCUGUUCCACACUGCAACUUCUUUUCACCAACUACAUUACCUGGUGGUUAUCCCUGCAGAUCUCCGUUACCCAUCCGUUCAAGUUGCCUGCCUCCAUAUCACCUGUUAUGAAGCAAAGAUUCAAGUAAAGCUGAUCCUGGAGCGCUUUGCAGGACGUGAUCUUAUAGUGCAAAAAAACAUCCAAAAGGAGAAAACUUUCACGUGCACUAAGUUCUGGGUUGCACCUCCAGCUGAUGGCCCAGAGGAGAUUGCCACUGUCAGACUGAUUAUUACUGGUCAAGGGGUCAAUAUUGAGGAGAAGAAAAAGGUCCUGAUCCGCAAGGCAAGCAGUGGCACCUUCAUUCAAAUGGACAAGCCCAUCUAUAAACCAGGGCAGACAGUGAAAUUUCGUGUUGUGACUCUGGAUGAGGACUUCAUUGUGCUUAAUGAUUCAAUUUCCCUGUUUCUCCAGGACCCCAAGAACAACCGGAUAGAGCAGUGGCUGAAUGUGGUGCCGCAGGAAGGCAUUGCGGAUCUGUCUUUCCAACUAAGUGAUGAGCCUCUGCUGGGGACAUAUGUUAUCAAUGUAACCAACAGGAAAACAUAUGUCAGCUUCACCGUUGAGGACUAUGCGCUGCCAAAAUUUGAAGUGAUCUUUGAGACACCAGUGGUGAUUUAUGCACUAGAUAAAACUUUUCCACUUCGGGUAUGUGGCAGAUACAGUUAUGGGAAAGCUGUCCAGGGGAUGGUUUAUGUGAGCCUUUGUCAGAAAAUAUCCCAGUUCUUGCCCAGUGCUUCGAAACCUGAUCUCUGUCAGGAAUUCAAGAGCAGGACAGACAAGAUGGGUUGCUUCUUCACAAACGUGACCCUAUCCUUCAGCCAAGACUUGAGGUACUAUCGGGACAGCAUAGUUGCAGAGGCCUCACUGUUGGAGGAUGGCACAGAGAUACAAGUCAAUGCUUCCCACAAAUUACUCAUCUCCAAGAUUGGCGGGAUGGCCUUGUUUGAUGAUGUGAAUUCUUACUAUCACACUGGAGAGAUGUACAGAGGGAAGAUCAAAGUCAUCGACUACAAAGGCGAGACGCUGAAGUACAAAAAUGUCCUCCUUGUAGUAAGUUUUGGUGAGCAGCAGUUUCAGCAAAAGUACAUCACUGGAGACACUGGAAGAGCUUCAUUUAGCCUAAACACAACUACUUGGAACAGCACCCCAGCCUCCCUGGAAGCAAGUGUCCUGCAUCAGGAUUUGGGUGGGGAGCCUGGGACAGUUGAUUUGAAUUACCAGAGAGCCUCUCAUUUCAUACAUCCAUUCUACAGCACCAGCAGGAGUUUUCUCAGUAUUGUCCGUGUGCCAGAAAUGAUGCCUUGUGGUAAAAAGCAGGAUAUCCAGGUGGACUUCAGAAUUUACAAGGAAGACCUGGAACAUGGGCCCAAGCGUGUAAUUUUCUCCUACCUUGUCAUGGGGAAAAGUGGAAUAGUUCAGGCAGGUCAGAAGACUGUUUGGGUUGGGCUGCCAAGAAUGCUGAAAGGCUUCUUCUCCAUCCCUAUUACCUUCAGCUCAGUCUAUGCUCCAGCUCCAACACUUAUUGUUUAUGUUAUCUUCCCUAAUGGAAAAAUCAUCGCUGAUUCUGCCGUCUUCAGUGUCUCCUUGUGUUUCAGAAAUAAGGCAGAGCUGAGCUUCUCAGUGCCCAAGACUCUUCCUGGUUCAGAGGUUGAUCUCCGCCUGCAGGCACCACCUGGAUCUACAUGUGCUGUCUGGGCUGUGGAUCAGACUGCCUUUUUGCUGAAGCUAGAAAAAGAACUCAGCCACUCUAUGAUCUAUGGGCUCUUUCCAUCUGUUUAUAACUCCGGAUAUCCUCAUCAAGUGUCUGAAGAUGACAAUUCAUGCAGGUUCCAAAAUUCUGAUCAGCCUGAUGUGUUUACAGCAUUUAGGGAAAUGGGAUUGAAAAUUAUGUCCAACAUCAAUAUCAGGAAACCAGGACUGUGUCUAACUAAUCAGUCAACAACUACGAUGAAGAAAAGAGGGAUGUUCACUUCCAGUCCCAUGUUGAUGUUUGCUCAGCCCCAUAAGGAAUCUAACAGACAUCUGAUGACAUCUACCUAUCAGCCCACUAUGUUUUCACCUGUUUCUUCAGCUGAAGAGAAAGUGCACAAGUAUUUCACAAAAACCUGGCUAUGGGAUUUGUAUUCUGUUGGUCCUAGUGGAAACCAGACUGUCACUGUCACUGUGCCUAAUACCAUCACAAGAUGGGAAGCUGGGAUGUUCUGCACAGGACGUAAUGGCUUCGGACUAGCUUCAGCCUCCAGUCUGCUUGUUUUCAAGCCCUUUUUUGUGGAGCUCACACUUCCAUCUUCUGUGAUCCAGGGUGAAACCUUCAUCUUGAAGGCCACAGUCUUCAACUACCUACAGCAAUGUAUGAAGAUCCAAAUGACUAUGGAGGAGUUCCCACAUUUCCAGCUGAAGUCAUGUGAGGGUUGUGUCUACAGCAGCUGCUUAUGUGCUGGAGAAGUAAAGACGUUUCUUUGGAGUGUCACAGCUGAGCGACUGGGGCUCGUGAACAUCACUCUCAGCACAGAGGCCAUUGCCACCAAAGAGCUCUGUGGCAAAGAGAUACCGUUUGUCCCAAACCAAGGACAGAAAGAUACAAUCACCAAACUCCUUUUAGUCCGGCCAGAAGGAGUGCUAGUAGAAAAGGCUCACAGCUCCAUCCUGUGUCCCAAAAAAGGGAGUCCAGCAGAGGAGUCUGUGUCCUUAAUGUUGCCUCUAAAUGUGGUUGAAGGUUCAGUGAGAGCUACUGUCUCGAUCACUGGUGACCUCAUGGGGACAGCACUGCAAAACUUGGACCACCUGGUGCAGAUGCCCCAUGGCUGUGGAGAGCAGAACAUGGUACUGUUUGCCCCUAUUGUCUAUGUGCUGCAGUACCUGGAGAAGACAAGGCAGCUGACUCCUGAGAUUAAGGAGACGGCAACAGGAUUCUUGCGCAAUGGGUACCAGAUACAGCUGCAGUAUCAACAUCCUGAUGGUUCUUUCAGUGAAUUUGGUACCAGGGAUGAGUACGGUAAUACUUGGCUGACUGCGUUUGUGGUCAAAUGCUUUUCCCAAGCCAAGCCAUACAUUUUCCUGGACAACAGGAGCAUCCAAGCUGCUUUCAAAUGGCUGGAGUUCCACCAGCUUCCGAAUGGCUGCUUCAGAGAUGUGGGCCAACUUUUCCACAGAGCCAUGAAGGGAGGUAUGGAUGGGGAAGUUCUCUUGGCUGCCUACAUCUCUGCUGCAUACAUGGAGAGAGGAGAUACACCAGAGAGUACGGUGGUACGCAAGGCUCUGGGGUGUAUCAUUCCUUCCCUUCCCAAAGCUGCCAGCACUUACACACAGGCCCUGCUGGCCUACACCUUCGCCCUGGCUAAGGACUCUCAACGCACACAAGAGCUUCUUGACAUACUUGAUCAAAGCGCAAUCAGAGAAGGUGGGCAGAUCCAUUGGAGUCAGACCCCAUCCAAGACACACAGCACUAGCCUUUGGUCACAGCCACUAUCUGUGGAUGUGGAGUUAACAGCUUAUGUCCUUCUGGCCCUGCUCUCCAAGCCAAAUGUCACAGGGGCUGACUUCACCACAGCCUCUGGCAUUGUGGUCUGGCUCACUAGACAACAAAAUGCCUAUGGAGGAUUUGCCUCAACACAGGAUACAGUAGUUGCCCUGCAGGCCUUGGCUAAGUAUGCAGCACUGACACACAACACAAAAGGAGUCGCAGAAGUGAGGGUGAGGUCCCAGAGAGGCUCUGGGAGGAAGUUCCAAGUUUCCUACCAGAAUCGGCUUUUGGUGCAGGAGAUGGCACUGACAGAAGUCCCAGGAAAGUUCUCAGUGCAAGCCCAUGGCAGCUGUUGCGUCUUUACCCGGACGGUGCUGAGAUACAACAUUCCCUCCCCGCAGGUUUCCAAAUCCUUUGCCUUACAAGUGAAAACCAAGCCAGACAAUUGCACCGAGAAUGAUGCAUACUCUGUUACUCUCUAUGUCAAUGUCAGGUACACUGGAAAGAGAGCCAUUUCCAAUAUGGUGAUUGUGGAAGUGUCCCUACUCUCUGGAUUUGUCCUCGCUGCAAGAUCUGGAAUAUCUCCACAUCAUUGGUAUCCUGUGAGAAGAACAGAGAAAACCCAAGCAGGUGUUGCCAUCUACUUGGACAAGCUGAGCCAUAUGUCUGAGACAUAUGUCCUGCAUCUGGAAAGGGAAAUUGGAGUGACCAACCUGAAGCCGGGACAUGUCAGGGUCUAUGACUACUACCAUCCAGAGGAGCAGGCCCUUACUGAUUAUAAUGUUUUCUGCAUCUGAGCCCACAGGAGUUCUACUAGUGGGACAUGCCCUAGGAUGGAAAUUACAGUUACUGGUAUGCUGGGGCCUGCGUCACCUGGAAAGUCACAUCUCAGUGGACUUUGAUAUUGGUGC